AUGAAGUUCUCAUCAGCUGUUGCCCAUAAACACUUUGGUAAUCUUGGAAAGGUAAGCUUUAUUGUCUAGAAUUAUAAAUGGUUUAGGUAGAGAUAGUAACUAAAUAAAUUUUCAGCUUUACGGUCAGUACAAAUGGUCUUUGGCACCAAAUGAGCAACCUCCCAUGAAAGGAUGGUUCAAGGCUGCUUUUGUUAAUGUAAGUUGACAGUUUUAUGAGUUUUGGACUAAUACAAUAGUUAAUUUUGGUACAAAUGAAUUUGAGUUUAAUAUUUCUAUCAAACGCAUAUUGUUAAUGAUUUUUUAAAAUCGUAUUUUAAGUUCUUUUACCUAUUUAUAGGUAACAUAUCUUUAUUAAAGCAAAAUCUUUUCAAAGCUUAAUUUUUUAAAUUUUUCAUAUUUUAGGUGUUCCAAGAGUACGUCGUCCGUCAUUGGUACUUUGUUGUUCCACCAUUCACCGUGGCCUACUUGACCUAUGACUGGGGCAAAAGGGAGAAUGAGAAAUUCAACCGCAAAAACCCCGCUGAUUACGCCAACGAUGUUUAA